GUUACCCCGCAUCAACGCUGGUUCCGAGUGGCGGUUUCUCCACCCUCUAGGAAAAUCGUCGAACAGACACAUUUGUUCUGAGUCAAUCACAGCCAACGCAGCAAGAUGGCUCCUGGAAUACUGAGCUCAUCACCACCGACGGUGCCAUCCAAGGCUGUCUCGCUGGCCCAGCUUACCGAAGAUUGGGACGACACUAUUCGGUUCUACCUCAACGGCACCAAGGUUGUCCUCGACUCGAUCAACCCCGAAACCACAUUAUUAGAGUACCUUCGUGGGAUCGGCCUGACGGGCACAAAGCUAGGAUGUGCAGAGGGUGGCUGUGGUGCCUGUACGGUGGUGGUUUCCCAUAUCAACCCCACCACGAAGAAGCUAUAUCAUGCAUCCGUGAAUGCUUGCCUUGCCCCGUUGAUUAGUGUGGAUGGAAAGCAUGUUGUCACCGUGGAGGGUAUCGGCGACGUGAAGAAUCCUCACGCGAUCCAGCAACGGCUAGCGGUUGGUAAUGGUAGUCAGUGUGGGUUUUGCACUCCUGGAAUCGUGAUGAGUCUUUAUGCCCUUUUGCGCAACAACUCCGAGCCAUCGGAGCAUGACGUGGAAGAGGCUUUCGAUGGAAACCUCUGUCGAUGUACCGGGUACAGACCAAUCUUGGAUGCAGCUCAAAGCUUCUCUGCACCGAAAGGCUGCGGAAUGUCUUCUGAAAACGGAGGAUCAGGGUGCUGUAUGGAGAAGAAAGGCGGCUCGGGAGGGUGUUGCAAGGAAACCUCCGCCGCCUCGGUCAAGGACGAGAAGAUACAGACCUUCACGCCACCUGAGUUCAUCGACUAUCGGCCGGACACGGAGCUCAUCUUCCCACCUCCUCUCCGAAAGCAUCAGUUCCGUGCUUUGGCCCUGGGAAACAAAAAGAAGAAGUGGUACCGUCCAGUUACACUGGAGCAGCUCUUGGAAAUUAAGGCGGUGCAUCCCGACGCUAAGAUUAUCGGGGGUAGCACGGAGACGCAGAUUGAGAUUAAGUUCAAGGCUAUGAAGUACAGUGCCUCCGUUUAUGUCGGCGACAUACAGGAUCUACGGCAGUAUACACUGCGGGACGACUGUCUCGAGCUUGGAGCCAAUGUUUCCCUGACCGACCUCGAGAGAAUCUGUGACGAAGCGCUUGAUCGAUACGGAACUGUGCGCGGGCAGCCAUUCAACGCCAUCAAGAAGCAACUUCGUUACUUUGCUGGAAGACAGAUCAGGAAUGUUGCUUCUCCUGCAGGUAACUUGGCUACUGCUUCACCAAUCUCCGAUCUCAAUCCAGUAUUUGUUGCUACAAGAACUACCCUCAUCGCCAAAUCACUAGGCCAGACCGUUGAGAUACCCAUGGAUCAAUUUUUCAAAGGCUACCGAACUACCGCUCUUCCUCAAGAUGCCAUUAUCGCUGCGUUGCGAAUUCCAGUCGCGGCUGAGGAGGGAGAAUACAUAAGGGCCUAUAAACAAUCCAAGCGAAAGGACGACGAUAUUGCCAUUGUCAAUGCAGCUUUACGUGUCUCCCUUUCGGAGGCACACACCGUCAAAAGUGUGAAUCUUGUCUUUGGUGGUCUCGCACCGAUGACUGUCUCCGCACGAAACGCGGAGGCGUUUCUGGUUGGCAAGAAAUUUACAAGUCCUGCGACACUGGAGGGUACAAUGGCAGCUCUGGAACAGGACUUCGACCUGAAGUUUGGGGUUCCUGGUGGAAUGGCCACUUACCGCAAGUCUCUUGCCCUGGGUUUCUUCUAUCGAUACUAUCAUGAUGUCUUAUCCAAGAUUGAAGUCAAGAGUGCGGAUAUUGACGAGGACGUCAUCGCUGAGAUUGAGCGAGCCAUUUCUACGGGAGAAAAGGACCACGAAGCUUCCGCGGCGUAUCAACAGAAAAUUCUUGGAAAAGCCGGUCCCCAUUUCUCUGCACUCAAGCAAGCCACGGGAGAGGCCCAGUAUACCGAUGACAUUCCAGCAUAUCAGAAUGAGUUGUAUGGUUGCAUGGUGCUGUCAACCAAGGCGCACGCCAAGCUCCUCAAUGUUGAUCCAACCGAGGCCUUGGAUAUUCCUGGGGUUGUUGACUACGUGGACCACACAGAUCUUCCAAAUCCAGAAGCCAACUUUUGGGGAGCACCAAAUGCCGAUGAGCUUUUCUUCGCUGUCGACGAGGUGAACACUGCUGGUCAGCCAAUUGGUAUGGUACUAGCGACAUCCGCCAAAGUUGCGGAGGAGGCUGCUCGAGCGGUCAAAGUGGCAUACGAGGAUCUGCCAGUGAUCCUUUCGAUCGAAGAGGCCAUCGAGGCGGAAUCGUUCUUCGAGCAUUACCGUUACAUCCAGACUGGCGAUGUUGAGAGCGCCUUUGAGAAGGCGGCUCACGUAUUUACGGGCGACUCGAAGAUGGGCGGACAGGAGCAUUUCUACCUGGAGACGCAGGCUUGCGUCGCCAUACCCAAGAACGAAGAUGGAGAGAUGGAGGUCUGGAGUGGGACCCAAAAUCCGACGGAAACACAAACAUAUGUCGCCCAAGUUACUGGGGUAUCAGCCAAUAAGAUUGUGUCUCGGGUGAAGCGUCUCGGCGGCGGCUUCGGUGGAAAGGAAACUCGAUCAAUCCAGCUGGCUGGUAUCUGCGCAACGGCUGCUGCGAAGCUGAAGCGCCCAGUACGGUGCAUGCUGAACCGCGAUGAAGACAUCAUCACCUCGGGUCAGCGCCAUCCCUUCUACUGUCGCUGGAAGGUAGCCGUUGACGGAGAGGGCAAACUCCUUGCCCUUGACGCGGAUGUCUACGCCAACGGCGGCCACACACAAGAUCUCUCCGGCGCAGUCGUAGAGAGAAGUCUUUCACACAUCGACGGUGUAUACCGUUUCCCGAAUGUCUACGUUCGGGGCCACAUUUGCAAGACCAACACGGUCUCCAAUACCGCAUUUCGCGGUUUCGGUGGUCCGCAGGGCAUGUUCUUUGCUGAGAGCAUCAUGGAAGAGGUUGCGGAUCACCUGAACAUCCCCGUGGAAGAUUUCCGGCUCCAGAACAUGUACAAAUCCGGCGACAAGACACACUACAACCAAGAGCUCAAAGACUGGCACGUGCCAUUGAUGUACAACCAGGUCCUUGAGGAGAGCUCUUACGCCGAACGCCGAAAGGCCGUGACCAAGUACAACAAGGAACACAAAUGGUCGAAGCGCGGCAUGGCGAUCAUCCCCACCAAGUUCGGUAUCUCCUUCACGGCACUAUUCCUGAACCAGGCCGGCGCUCUGGUCCACAUCUACCACGACGGCAGCGUACUCGUCGCCCACGGUGGCGUGGAGAUGGGCCAGGGGCUGCACACGAAGAUGACGAUGAUCGCGGCCGAAGCGCUGGGCGUGCCGCAAUCCAGCGUCUUCAUCUCCGAGACCGCGACCAACACGGUGGCCAACACCUCGUCGACCGCCGCCUCGGCCAGCUCGGACCUGAACGGCUACGCCAUCUUCAACGCGUGCGAGCAGCUCAACGAGCGCCUCCGGCCCUACCGCGCGAACAUGCCCGGGGCGACGAUGAAGGAGCUCGCGCACGCCGCGUACUUCGACCGCGUCAACCUCUCGGCGCAGGGCUACUACCGCACCCCGGACAUCGGCUACGUCUGGGGCCAGAACACGGGCCAGAUGUUCUUCUACUUCACGCAGGGCGUCACCGCCGCCGAGGUGCAGCUCGAUACCCUGACGGGCGACUGGACCCCGCUGCGCGCCGACAUCAAGAUGGACGUCGGCCGCACCAUCAACCCGGCCAUUGACUACGGCCAGAUCGAGGGCGCCUUCAUCCAGGGCCAGGGCCUGUUCACCACCGAGGAGAGCCUGUGGCACCGCGCCUCGGGCCAGAUCUUCACCCGCGGCCCCGGCAACUACAAGAUCCCGGGCUUCCGGGACAUCCCCCAGGUGUUCAACGUCAGCCUCCUCAAGGACGUCGAGUGGGAGAAUCUGCGCACCAUCCAGCGCUCCCGCGGCGUCGGCGAACCCCCCUUGUUCAUGGGCAGCGCCGUCUUCUUCGCCAUCCGCGACGCCCUCAAGGCCGCCCGCCGCCAGUGGAACGUCCAGACCGUCCUUCGGUUGGAGAGUCCGGCGACGCCCGAGCGGAUCCGCGUGAGCUGUGCGGAUCCGAUCAUCGAGAGGGCGCGCGUGGUGCCGCAGCCGGGCGAGAAGAGCUUCUUCGUGGCUAUCUAGUUGGAGCCUCGCAAUUGGGUAUGGG